ACUUUGGGGGAGGACAAUUACCAGAAAAAGUGGUUGAUCUCUAAAGAGACCCACACUGAACACCACACUGUUCUUACCUACUGGCCCUCCACCCCACGCACACAAAGAGUGAGAACCGCAGACGUUAUGUUCCCUCUCCGUGUACCCCUGUUGGCCGUAUUGGUCAGCGUAGCCCUGUGCCAAUAUUAUGAUUAUGAAUACCAGCCUAAUUAUAUGCAAGGACCCUCAGGGCCCAACUGUAAUCAAGAAUGUGACUGCCCAAUCCACUUCCCCACUGCCAUGUAUUGUGACAGCCGCAAGCUCAAGUUUGUUCCAGUAGUCCCAACUGGGAUCAAGUACCUGUACCUCCAGAACAACCAGAUAGAAGAGAUCAAGGCAGGAGUGUUUGAUAACGUCACUGAUGGACUUCGCUGGCUGAUACUUGACAACAACCAGAUUACCAAUGCUAAGAUAGCAAAGGGCACAAUUGACAAACUUACAGGCCUGGAGAAGCUAUUCUUCAGCUACAACAACCUGACAGAGCCAGUUGUCCCUCCCUCAAAGUCCCUUGAUGAGCUGAAGAUAAUGCACAACAAGUUAUCCAAGUUCCCCUCUGGACUCUUGACUGACAAGGAGAACUUGACCUCCAUCAACCUUCAGCACAAUCAGCUAACGUCCGAUGCCAUCGUUGGGGCAUUCAAAGGGCCAAAGAAGCUGCUGUCCCUGGACAUGAGCCACAACAAGCUGAAGAAGUUGCCUGCCGGAGUUCCCGCUUCACUGGAAAUUCUCUACGCUGACUACAACGACAUUGACAGUGUCGGAGCAGGAUACCUGAACAAGAUGCACUCGCUGAAGUACUUGAGGAUCUCCAACAACAAGCUGGUGGACUCCGGACUCCCUGCUGGAGUGUUCAAUGUGACAUCACUAUUGGAGCUGGACCUGUCUUUCAACAAACUGCAGUCCAUCCCUGAGAUCAACGAGCAGCUGCAGCAACUCUACCUCCAGGCCAACGAAAUCAGCAAGUUUGACCUGGCAAGUUUCUGCAAGUACAUAACUCCUGUCAACUAUUCCCACCUGAACCAUCUGCGUCUGGACGGCAACAACGUCACACACAGCAGCAUGCCCCCUGACACCUCCAACUGCCUGCGCCAACUUUCAGAUGUCAUUUUUGAAUAAGGACCUCCCUCAAAUCUAUGACCUUUCCAUUACCCCCUUUUCUACUACUAUUAUAUGGCUCAGGCCAAAGCCUUCUGGAUUAAAAUGGUGUAAUAUCCCUCCUGACAUAGUGCUGACAUGUCCUUGCACAUAAGUAGUAAAUGCAAAUGCAAAUCUGAUGCACUAUAAUGGCAUCUUCAUCAAUUAAAAUAUAUAUCUUGAAUAAAUCAAGAGCUGGGCAAAUUUGAUGGCAUGAGAAGCUAGCAACAUACUAUUGGCAAACAUCAGUUAAAUUCAUCAAACAUCAAACAAAGGUUUUAAAUCUUUUGAACAUUCUAAUUGUUCACAUAAACAUGAAGGCAAAAGAAAAAUACAAAAAUACAAAAAGUAAAGGACCAAAAGUUCUAUGAAUAAAAAAUUAUUCAUAUGCUUUGAAAAACACACACUUUAAACAUUCCAAAUUUGCAUUUUAUUACAUUGAAUUCAGACACAAUGGAGUAAAUGAUGGCUCCAAUGUCUCAAUUCAAUCAUCAAUCAUCAUUUUGUUGUCUGUCUUGUAUGUUCUAAUGUUUUGCAUGUAUAAUAUAAUGUGGGUACAACAAAAAAUCCAUUGCUGUGCAAAGGACCAGCAAACAAGGACUAUGUACUCAGAUUUCAGUGUGUAGUGCCCAAUGUAAGAAAUUAUGAACAAAUGUAAAACAGCAGUAACAUAGUUAAGUCACAUUUUUCAACUCCUGAAUUAAUCAAAGUGGUUUUAAGGUAAAUACCAUUUUUAUUUACUUGUGUCUGCCUUUUUUACAAAUGGUGCCUUGAUGCAAAUAUAAAUAUAUAUAUAUAUAUAUAUAUAUAUAUAUAUAUAUAUAUAUACCAACUAAGACAUUUCUAUUUCUUCACAAAUAUAACUCCUUCAACCCAAAUUUAAGUAGGACUUAACUCUUUGUGAAGAGUAGAAUAAAUAACACAUGAUUAAAAGGCAUUGGUACUAUCCUUUAAACUACUGUACUUUCUCUGCUCAGUUAAACGUUGAAAUGAUUGAAGAGUCACAUUGUUUCUUUACGUUAUCCUACUUCAUAGCUGUCCACUUUCAUGCGCAUUGCUGAUUUGUAUACAUUUGCAUUACUUGCAUGCAACCAAUGGUACCAUUCUUUUAUAAUAAACUACAGCUUUUGCAGUUAAGGCGCUCUCAUUGUUACGUUGUUGUUCACCAUGGUUGAUAAAUGCUUCUUACCGAUACAAAGUCAACUUGACAGCAGUGUCUUGAAUUCAGGAUUGUCAUUAAUGAAGUUAUGUUAUUAGAUUAUCACAUUAUGUUUAGGUCAUUUUUCAUUUUAUCGUGAUUUCUUUUGUGGCCUUUGACUCGGUAACUGCUCUUGGAUUUGCUGUGAGAAAACCGGACACAGUUGAAUAAACUAUGUUUCCAACAUACA